GGAAUAUGGCAACUCGUAUGAAAUAGAAUAUAUGGAGAAAAUAGGCUCCUCCAUUCCUCAAGAUGAUGAUGCUCAGACAAAACAGUCUUUGUACCUUAUGUUUGAUGCACAGCAGGAGAGUCCAGUCAAGUCUCCUCCAGUUCGAUUAUCUGAUUCCACAACACCUUGUUCUGGAUCGAGCCUGGAAGAAACGGAAACUCAGUUGCCCUCUGGAAUGAAAUUACAACAUCCAGCUUCACGAUCUCUGAUUGUAAACCAAGAGUCAUCAAUACAGCCCUCUGACAAGUCAAAAACAAAAGAUCUGGAGUCUAUGACUUUAGGAACCCCUUCAAACAACAUUGACAUAGUAAGUCCCUCUUUGAGAAUGCUCCGCUUUGGGUAACUGACUUGUGAAGCA